GUGCAGUGGUCAUGGGUACUGCUUCAUGAACGACAGCAGCAGCACGGGCGAGUGUGUGGCCAAUGGCACCUGGGGCACGGCCUUCACAGCCGCGCCUCUGCCCCUCUUCUCCUACUUCAACACCAAGGCCACAUGUGGUUACCAGUUCGCCUUCAACGCCUCCUUUGCCUUCUCCCUCGACCCCGACUCAGAGGCCGGCGGGGAUGGGCUCGUGUUUGUCGUCGCUGCCGCGCUGCCAGACAGGCUGGGAGGGGUGGGGCGGCGGAGUGUGGGGGUGGAGUUUGACUCGGUGCUGAGUGUGAAGCACAGCGACCCCAACGACAACCACGUGGGCGUCAAUGUGGGCGGCUCACCUGUGUCCCUCGCCUCUGCCACGGCCCCUCUCAUCCUCAACGACGCCCAAACCAAGCACGCCUGGAUCCACUACGACCCCACCAGCGGCGGCACUCUCCGAGUCUUCCUCUCCUCUGACCCCGUGCAGCCCCUCACCCCCACCCUCCGCGCUCGAGUCUCCCUCUGCUCCAUCCUGCUUCCCAAGGCGUCAAACCUGGCGCUGGGGUUUGUGUUGGACGAGGACUCCUUCUCAUCUCAGGGCUUCAACUCCGCCUUCCACUAUGCCAGUGACUGCUGGGCGUACGCAGUGGUGGCAGCGGUGGAGGCAGCCUACAGCAUUGCCAGCAACUGGUCGCAGCCCCCCGUGCUGUCGGUGGACCAUCUGCGCCUCGCCCUCUCCUCCAACUGCGAUGGUGGCUCCCCCACCAAGGCGCUGCAGUUCCUCCUCAACGCCACCAACCAGGGCAGGGGCACCAAGUACUAUGGCAUCCGGGGCAUCGAGCGCACGGCCUUCUACGGGUGGUUUGGGCUCAUGCUGGCAGUGCAGCGCCAGCCAGUCAUUGUGCACAUUGAGGCCUCCGCACCCUCCUUCCAAGACUAUGAUGGGAGAGGCAAGUACGCGGACGAGGCAUGUUUCAGCGGGCAUCUGAACCACGUGGUGCUGGUGGUGGGCUUCCUCUCCGCGAACUUUGACCCUUCCAACUCCGCCAUGCCGCCGCCCUUCUGGAUCAUCCGCAACUCAUGGGGCACACAGUGGGGCGACCAGGGCCACAUGCGAAUGGACAUUCGCAGUGGAGAUGGCAUCUGCGGCAUCAACACUCUCCCGGGGCUCUUCCCCGUUGUCAGAAUGGAUGUGUGUGGGUCCAGCAGUCGCAACCCGUGUGUGGUGGGCACGUGUGUGAACGAUGGCAGGGGCAGCUACUCCUGUGGCGACACGUGUGCGGGGGUGGGGCGGCAGGUGGAGCUGUGUGGGGAGGCGGCCUCGGAUGCGGCGUGUGAGGCGGCAUUUCAGGCGCUCAACCCCGCUCGCCACCAACUUCUCAGCUGGCAUCUGUUCAAGGACCAGCACCUACACCAUCUCGCCAGGGGAUGAUUGCAAGUACAUCCACCUCAAGUACUUCUACAGCAUUAAG